AUGGCAGAUCCGGUUUCGUUGCUGGUCUCCAUUCUAGCCAUAUCAGAAGCUGCCGUGAAGAUAUCGAAGACGUUGUACAAGUUAACUACUACCAUGAGGGGAUGCGCUAACGAGAUUGAUGGACUAAUACUUGAGUUAGAUACGUUUGCUGUUGUGUUGGAUGAGUUACAUGACUGGCUAGACGAGCAUAAAACCCAGAUUUCCCCGAAAGGUCUGAAAAGCGCCUACAAGAUUCUAGAAAGCUGCAAAGGAAUAUUUGCGAACAUAAAAGACAUGAUGGGUAAGACCGAUAGUCAAUCUGCCCCAACUUUUUGGCAACGUGCCAGCUGGUCUUUUCGACGGGAGAAAGUCAUACCCAUGAGAGCGAACCUCGAGGCCUUCAAGCAGACACUCUCCAUCCUGUUGCAUGUCUUGCAACUAGCACAGUGUAAGGCACAAGUCAAGACUCCUAGUUCUAAAAACACCGUGGCACGCAAGGAGAAGAAAUUGACACACAGAGUGGAGCGCGACAUCCGUUCGCAAUCAAUGGCACUGAAGCGUUGGCAGCAGAGCGAGCAUCAGCAGCAAUUCCAAUUAUCAGUGCAGUAUAUUCCCAAGGCUUUGACAUGGACCCCAUCACAUGAUAGCCAGUGGCUCAAACGGCUCAUGCCAACCUCAGAACACGUCAAUUUGCUGGGGAAACCAUAUCUGGCACUUCCUGCAAUUCCUGACUCGCAGUCUGGCGUGGAAGAAACCGAACAGAGACUGAUCAAAAAGACGGUGGACGUGUUUCUGUCUAAGUGGACAAAUCUCAACCUUGAAUCUAACGAGGCACCCGUUAAAACAGCACCAAAUGUCGGAGAAGACACCAUCACACAAAAUGCAGUCCCAAGCCUUGAGCAGAAGGGAAAAGGCAAUGACCAAGCGACUUUGCGCUAUCCUGCCGAUAAUGUACACAUUGUUGGGCAACAAAACUUUGGGAGCAAGGUGAAGGACGCCACCAGCACAGACGUCCAUACAGAGGAACCUGAUCCCGAUACUGACCGUAUGCACACAACUUACAGCGAGCCCACCAUCGAAUCACAAAGAGAAAGACAUCGUUCACACACCCACAUCGACCGUACCCACGUCCGCUACCCAUCGCCCUCCACUAGUUCUACCGAGGCUGAAUACGAAGAACCAUUGAGUCACAAGGUUCAUAUGGCAUCUUCUGAGAUUUCUCCACAGUAUUCAAUCAUUCAACCUACGAGCCAAACCGGCAGCUCAUCACAUUCGGGCGAGUUCCACAUAAUCUAUCCCAAUGAAGUGGACACCGUCUCCUCAGACGAACCAUACCCACGUCUACAGCAAGACAGAGAUCGUUACAGUCGGCCACGAGCAAACACCGAUAUGUCGAGAUCUGAUAGUCCUGAAAACUUUGUACCAGUCACUGAAGCUCACUCACAAUACACUCUGAACCCCGAUCAAGGUAGUUAUUACACACACCCACCUUCGGCCAACUACCAUUAUCCUGUGCCUGCCCCAUACCAUGUUCAACCACAACCAGUGCCACAUGAUCCAAACCUUGGUUACCCAGCCAUCAAUACCUCUCACUAUCACUCCCAUGUCAGUUCGCCUUAUGGGCCCAAUUACAUGCCACCAUGGACUUCUGGAGUCAAUCCACCGUACGCAUAUAUCCAACCAUCGACAAAUCCUUAUCCCAUAUCUGGGUCUGAUCAGUAUUACCGUGAGCAAAUACUAGUACCCUUGCCAUCUAGGUCCGGAGCUGCAUCUGUCCCCACGCCUCUAUCACCUCCCUCGUCCCAGGACCUCUCUAGUGAUACGGAGUCAGACACGAUGCGCCGACGUAAGGGUGCAAACCGAACGCCUAAGCAACCAAAAGCGCGAAGUCAUGCGUCAUCUGGGAACCCUACUGGACAGAGCUAUCUGAGACGGACCGAAGUCAAUGGUCCUACAUCAUUGGACACCGGAUCCGACGAAGUUAUCCAUUAUAUCAACGCCUUGGGAGAGAAGUUCGAGUUUCCCAUCUCAAAGUGUACUUCAUGGGAGAGCCUAGAAUCACUUGUUCGAGAAGCACACCACACCACAAGUGGGACGAAGUCGGAUUUCGCCAUCGAGGAUCAUACUUUUGUCGAUUCUGAUGGCACUACCAUCCUUCCCUCUUUGUGGGAACAUAGGGCCAUCCCUGGAUUGACCGUGUAUCUUAUUCCGAAGAAAGCAAGACCAGCACUCACGCCUCGUCCACAACUCCUGUCUAAAUCUGAAGCAGGGGCUGAGCACAUUAGAAAUACUCAAAGUCUAGAGUCUGGGCCGUUGCAACUGACUCCUGACAGCCUAUUCAAGAUCUCAGACACUACGCACAAGACUCAGGAGCAGAAACACCAAAGCGGCGGCAAUGGAGAAGAUACAUCAAGUCUGAGGGACUACUUUCGAGCCGACACGCCUCCACCAGCCGUUAGAGUCGAUGGCGAAGAUGCCUGCACAGCUCCCCUUAGCGAUGUCGAUAGUGACGCGGGGGUUUCCGCCGGGUCUGGGGACGGCCGAAACUCUGUGGACGGGGGGCUCCCAAAUCUCCUUGCGCCUUUCUGGGAAAACAUCGAACCUCAGCUGAAGGAAGCUCUGAAGACCGAACACAGUCUCACAGGCAUGAGGCUCCGGCGGCGACAUGCAAAGAUCAUGAUGAGCGAAAGUAAACUGGAGUACAAGCAACGAGGAGAGCAUGAUCCGGGUUUUUCGACCCCGCCCAAUGAAAAGCAAAAGCAUGGUCCUCGGGCUCUAAAGACCGAGAACCAGUCAGAGCAACCAGCCCAAAACGGGCACAGUGAUGUGCCAAGUGGCCGUCGCAUCGAAUACCCCCUGGAAGCCCCGUACGGUGUGACCUCCGAUUUCGUCACAGGAUCACCACGAGAGGUGUGGCUAUCGUCGCCCAAGCAUUCUCACCCGGAGGGUGCUCUGACGUUCAACAGUCUUAUGCCUCCGAUGACAGCGUCUGUGCUCAGCACACCUCACGCAAGCGCGCCAUACGAAGUUUCCCCACUGAGACCAUACCCGAGUGCACAUCUUGGGCAACAACCGCAUGUAGACGCAGGCAGACUACAUCUAACAAGACCCGUGGUCGCAAACGCCUCCCUCGAACACAAGAUCACGUGGUUGAUAUCCUUGCUGGAAAGGCAGGAGCAAGACCAGCAAUCGCCCGACUCUGCACCGACCCAUGCUCCCGACGAGCCGUACGCGGUCCGAUCUGUGGAAACCCAGCUGCAAAGCCACCGGCUGCCACAGGCUCACCCACACCAGCGAUCGGCCCCGGGGGCAGGCUUUUCUGCGGCCACCACCGGGCCCCCUGUGCCGAUGGUCGACAGCGCUAGUCUCUCGCCGUCGGUGUCGUCCCCACGGGUAUCUUCAAUCGGUGUUGCUGGUAGCUCCGGCGAGAGCACUCGUCGCCGCGGAUUUAGGCGGAGACUCUUGGGUGUCCCGUAG